UCUCUCUCUCUCUCUCUUUGUUUUCUUUUUUUACUCUCUUUCCUUUCUCUCCCUUUCUGCCCAUUAAACUAUGAAAAUGGCAGAUUCCCAAUCAUCCUUUCCCCUCUAUUGGAAACACCCAUCAUUGCCCCCAUCCAUCCUUUUCACCAUGGAAACCUGAGCUUUUAAGCCAUUCCCUUCUUCCUUCCCUGUUUUCUUCUCCUCGUUCUUCUUCCUAUUCUUCCACUCCUUGGAAGGUUGUCUGCUUCUUUCAAUUUAAAUAUCACCCUACUGAUCACCUUUUCUUCUGCACGCCUUCCUUUCCACCUUCUUACAAUGGAUCCUUCAUCCACCACCUCUGUCAAUGGCUUCUAUACCUUUCUCACUCGUGGGAUCGACGAUCUCGAGCGGUCGUUCCUCUCCAACAACUUCAUGUCCAUUCAAUUCCUUCAAAGGGUCCUCUCACUUCUUCGGUCCUUUCAUUCCCAGUUAACCAUUUUGGUUCAAAAGCUUCAUCUACCCGUAGGAGAGAAAUGGCUGGACGAGUAUAUGGACGAGAGUUCAAGACUGUGGGAGGCCUGUCAUGUUCUCAAGUCUGGCAUCUCCGGCAUGGAGAAUUACUAUCUUGCCGGGGCGGAGAUUGCCUCCUCCCUCGACGGCCAUCACAACCUCAGUCCCCAACUCUUGAGACAGGUCAUUCGGGCAAUCUCUGGUUGCCGCAGAGAAGUGGUAGGAUUGGAAGAGGAGAACAGGGCCUUGAUGGAGACCAGAAUCCAGCCUCUGUCACUAAGGUUCGACGAGAAUGUAUCCAUUGAAUCCAAACUCAAUGGAUUCAAUGGCUUCCGGGGAGUCCUGUAUGCAAUGAGGAACGUCAGCUCACUUCUUCUGAUGAUCUUGCUUUGUGGUUUGGUCUACUGCUGGCCCGAGUCGAGCUUUCGCCGAGGAGGAUAUGAAGGGUGCUUGUUCUUCGGCUCUGCUUUCAUGGUUUCCACUGCAAGGUUGCAGCAGAGGGUAGCAGCAGAGAUCAACAGAAUGGAUGGGCGCCCAGGAAUUCUGCUCUACGAGUUCCGAAGAGCAAAAAUGGCAAUGGAUGAGCUAAGAGCAGAAUUGGAGAGGUCUCAGGGACUUGGGGAGUGUGAAUCAGAGGUUAGUAUUAGAGAGAGGGUGGAGAACUUAGAGGGUUGUUUUGGGUUGUUGAGAUCUGGGAUAGAGAGUAUUAUUGGGCAGCUUGAUGACUUCUUUGAUGAAAUUGUUGAAGGAAGAAAGAAGCUUUCAGACAUUUGCAGUCACAGGUAGAGAAGGAAGAUUAAAAUAGAAGGGGAAGAAUCAGUUGUUAGGGCGGUUGAUCUGUUACCUUUUUCUUUUUUUUCUUUUUUUUUCUUUCUUGUGUUCUCUUUGUUUUGCAGCUACUAUAGUUGAUGAUUUUGAAGAACUUGGAAAAAGGCAAUUUUGAGGGAAAAAUAAUAUGAAAUGUGAUAUGGCUCCCAGGGAAAGGAAUCAAGGAAACAUCACCAUCCAGAAGAACAAAGGAAGAAGAAUAUUAGAUGGAAGCUUCACUAGAAAGCCAUGUUUCUCCCACUCCCGUCCAAACAACAGUUUCUUCUCCCUGUAUAAAGAAAUAUUAUUAUAUUUAUUAAUCAAAAGGAAAAAAACAAGGAAAAUAUGCAACUUGUUAUUGUCAUUAUCAAAAACAAGAACCGGCAUUACAGACAACUCCCAUGUUAUAUGUAUGAAAUUAUGAUAUUAUUGAGAGGAUUUCAAAGGAAACGAGAAAAGAAAGAAUUUGGGUUGAAGCUUUCUUUAAUAAUUGCCUUGUUUUUUAUUGUUUGUUUUCUCACUCU